GACGAAGAGAUAAGAAAAGUUGAAGUAGAUAAUAAAGCUAGGCCAGGUCAUAAACUGUCACAUUUGCCCUCUUGUAAGCGAGUCGUGAAGUAAACUGCUUGCUUAAUUAAGAAUCAACGUCGGUGGCGGUUUAAAUUCUUUGAAGCCCAUUUAAGUAGCACAUUGUAGAUGCUAUUCUGUGUGGCUUGAUUUGGUGCUGGUGGUGUUAUAUUCCACAUGCUCUCUUUAGGAUUGUUCAUGAAGGAAAAGAGCGUCGAAGGCAAUGGGCUCAAAGUUAACACCACGGCCAUCACGUGGGGAUGUCAGUGUUCAAGAUGUGAUAAACACUGAAACACACCAGAAUUCUCAGGAUAACCAGGGAAUGCUCCCAGAUGACAUUGUUCAACUUCUUGCUGCCCGUGAAAAUUUUCCCGUCAGACUCAGAGGAAGACAAGAUUGAGAAAAAGCCUACCUCAAAAAAGAAAAGGUCCAAAACCUCUGGGCUCGAACCUGUUAUUUUGAAGGAUAUACCGCCGGCUCAAUGCUUACAGAACUCAUUGGAGUUCUUAAAGAAGCGGAAGAUGCAGGUUUCAAGAUCAGUGGCAGUUUUGAAAAACUCUGACCAAGCACUACGCUUCCUUUCUACGUCUGGCUUGUUAAGUAAGAAGUAAUUUAGAACAAAAGUGAAGGAGAAAGAGGAAAACUACUACCCUUUGGAGAGCUGAUCGAUUAGUCAAAAAGCUGCUGGCUUCUCUGGCAGUAGGCAGCAAUUUGCAUCUUCAGCUGUUCGAAAUAUGAUGACUUCCAGCAAAUUUUCAUCACCAUUUAUGAGCUCGAAGACACAAACAUCACCCACAGCCAGAAAAUUGUCUUGUACAAAUUUAUUCCAGCCUCUUUGGAUUUUGGCAUCGCGUGGAUAGAUAGUGUAAUUAGCAGACCAUGUUCGCCCAUCUGGAACUUGAAGGGUAACAGUUGUAUGCUUCUUAGCAAGAAAUUUCUGAGCAAAAAUCAGUGGCAUGUUCUGUAAAAAAAAUAAAAUCAUAUUGUGGAUUAAAUUAAAU